CCCGGCGGGGGCCUCGGCGCCCCUUGGUCCCCGCGACCCCGCGCGCUCGCUCGGGGGGUGGGGAAACUCCAGGGUCCGCUGCCCCACACCGCUACCCCUUCUUUCUCGGGCAGACCCCCCCAACCCCAGCCUGUCCCCCACCCCGCCGUCGCCUGGCCCCCCCAGAUCGUCAAGCUCCGGAGUCGUGGCGGGGGGGCCUCCCGGAUCGGCAGGAUGUACCCCCAGGGAAGGCACCCGACCCCGCUUCAGUCCGGCCAGCCCUUCAAGUUCUCGAUCUUGGAGAUCUGCGACCGCAUCAAAGAAGAAUUCCAGUUUCUUCAGGCUCAGUACCACAGCCUCAAACUGGAGUGUGAGAAGUUGGCCAGUGAAAAGACAGAAAUGCAGCGACAUUAUGUCAUGUACUAUGAAAUGUCCUACGGGCUCAACAUCGAAAUGCAUAAGCAGGCCGAGAUUGUGAAGCGCCUCAGUGGGAUAUGUGCUCAGAUUAUCCCCUUCCUGACUCAGGAGCACCAACAGCAGGUCCUGCAGGCCGUGGAGCGGGCCAAGCAGGUGACAGUCGGGGAGCUGAACAGUCUCAUUGGGCAGCAGCAGCUCCAGCCACUGGCCCACCAUGCCCCCCCUGUGCCCCUCACCCCUCGCCCAGCGGGGCUGGUGGGCGGCAGUGCCACGGGGCUGCUGGCCCUGUCGGGAGCCCUGGCCGCCCAGGCUCAGCUGGCCGCGGUCACCAAGGAGGACCGGGCAGGUGUGGAGGCAGAGGGGUCCAGAGUGGAGAGACUCCCUAGCAGGAGUGUGUCUCCCUCACCCCCGGAGAGUGUGGUGGAAGAGGAGCGGCCCAGCGGCCUGGGUGGAAAUGGAAAGCAGAGAGCCGAGGAGAAGGAUCUGUCAGGACCGUAUGAGAGUGACGAGGACAAGAGCGAUUACAACCUGGUGGUGGAUGAGCCCCCGCUACAUUCAUCGUCACCUCCUCAAACCCAGGACCAACCCUCCGACACCCCCAGCCCAGCAACCACCCCAUGUGGAAAGGCACCUACAUGCAUCCCUGCUCGUCGGGACCUCGUGGACAGUCCAGCCUCCUUGGCCUCCAGCCUUGGCUCACCGCUCCCCAGAGCCAAGGAACUCGUCCUGAACGAUCUUCCAGUCAGCACACCCGCCUCCAAAUCCUGCGACUCCUCCUCGCCCCAGGACGCAUCCACCCCUGGGCCCAGCUCGGCCAGUCACCUCCGCCAGCUAGCAGCCAAGCCUGCCCCUUCCACAGACAGUAUUGCCCUGAGGAGUCCCCUGACCCUGUCCAGUCCCUUCACCACAUCCUUCAGCCUGGGCUCCCACAGCGCCCUGAACGGGGACCUCUCUGUGCCUGGCUCCUACGUCAGCCUCCACCUGUCCCCCCAGGUCAGCGGCUCUGUGGUGUAUGGACGCUCCCCCAUGAUGGCAUUUGAGUCUCACCCACAUCUCCGAGGGUCGUCCAUCUCUUCCUCCCUGCCCACCAUCCCUGGGGGAAAGCCGGCCUACUCCUUCCAUGUGUCUGCAGACGGGCAGAUGCAGCCGGUGCCCUUCCCUUCCGAUGCACUGGUGGGCGCAGGCAUCCCGCGGCACGCGCGUCAGCUGCACACACUGGCGCACGGCGAGGUGGUCUGUGCAGUCACCAUCAGCGGCUCCACACAGCACGUGUACACGGGUGGCAAGGGCUGCGUGAAGGUGUGGGAUGUGGGCCAGCCCGGCGCCAAGAUGCCAGUGGCCCAGCUGGACUGCCUGAACCGGGACAAUUACAUUCGUUCCUGCAAGUUGCUGCCUGACGGCCGGAGUCUGAUCGUGGGCGGUGAAGCCAGCACCUUGUCCAUCUGGGACCUGGCGGCACCCACUCCUCGCAUCAAGGCGGAGCUGACCUCCUCGGCGCCCGCUUGCUAUGCCCUGGCCGUCAGUCCUGACGCCAAGGUCUGCUUCUCCUGCUGCAGCGAUGGCAACAUCGUGGUCUGGGACCUGCAGAACCAGACCAUGGUCAGGCAGUUCCAGGGCCACACGGAUGGGGCCAGCUGCAUUGACAUUUCGGAUUAUGGCACUCGGCUCUGGACAGGGGGCCUGGACAACACCGUGCGCUGCUGGGACCUGCGGGAGGGCCGCCAGCUGCAGCAGCAUGACUUCAGCUCCCAGAUUUUUUCCCUGGGCCACUGCCCUAACCAGGACUGGCUGGCCGUUGGCAUGGAGAGCAGUAGUGUGGAGCUCCUACAUGUCCGGAAGCCCGAGAAAUAUCAGCUGCAUCUCCACGAGAGCUGCGUGCUGUCCCUCAAGUUUGCCUCCUGCGGGCGGUGGUUCGUGAGCACUGGGAAGGACAACCUGCUCAAUGCCUGGAGGACGCCGUACGGGGCCAGCAUCUUCCAGUCCAAGGAGUCCUCCUCCGUGCUCAGUUGUGACAUCUCCGGGAACAACAAGUACAUCGUGACAGGCUCUGGGGACAAGAAGGCCACCGUGUAUGAGGUGGUCUACUGAGACCCCCCCUCUUCCUGCACCCCUGGCCUGACUCCCAGGGGAGGGUCAUUCUGAACCUUCCCCCUAGUCCUACCACAAGCCCUAAAUCUCAUCCAUGCUCUGGCUGACCCCUCGUGUCCUCCCCUGCUGGAUAUGGGGCCAGAUGCACAGGGGGACCUUGGGGAAAUAAAUGUAU